AUGACUCCCGACAUAGCCGAUAAUGAUAUACCAGCAUCUGAGCCCGAUCCCUUUGGCGCCGGUGACCCCGACCCAUACGACCCGUUCUCAACGGGAAACUACCCAUCCCCGCCCCGCCUCGCCCCACUCUCCGGCCUCCUGGGCUAUUCCGAAGCAAACCGUGACUUCUUCGUCCGCACCUCGCUCACGCAUACCGCGAUCCUCCUCGGUUUGAAAUUAACGCCCGUGGAGCGCGAAGGUCUGGCCUACUACCAAAGCCGCUUCUAUUCUUACGAGUCCUAUGGGGACGUCUUGGGUGUUUCUGCUGGGGUGUUCGUUGCGUUUCUACUCCGGAACCGCAAACCCGGUCUCAUAUCUACCACUAUGGUUAGGGUGUUUACGAAGCCGGGCACACGGCGAGACUCUGCCGCCAGGUGGCUUAGUCGAGGACUGAAGCUUUCUGUCUGGGGUGCUGUUGGGCGGAUGUACGGCCUCACAAGCGCGGGAUUCCAAGCGGUUCAGAAGAAUAGGGCUGAAAAGCGAGCGGAUCCAAAUCUCCGUCGUGUAGUUGCCGUGGCCGCUAAGAAGAAGGAAGCUCUCGUGCACGAGAUUCAAGUCAACGGACCCGGACUUCGGAGAAUGGAGGACUUGGAAAAUCCGAAGACGCAGGAUGAUGAGCAGAGCUUGGGUGGGACGGGAGAUUCUGAGGGGAGGGAGAGUAGCUUGGAUGCUGGUGAGAAGGAGAUAUUCCCGCAUGGACGACCUUCAGAGCAAGUUUCCGAGCUUGAGGCUAGGAAGCGGGGUGAAGGGCACCCUGGGGAUGACCCAUUUGGUGUCGGCGACGCCUCACCGACGGAAGGUGGAGGGGCGAUGGGCCAGGGCCAGGGCAGGUGGACGAAUACACAUUCCAAUACGGGCGGGUCUGCAUGGGAGCGGAUUCGGAAGGGCCAGUCUCCCACAGUCCGCCCUCCAACUGACAGGAGCGAAGAGGCGAAUAUUGCAGAGCCGAAAGUAGGGGGGUGGCCAAGUCGUGCCCCGAUGAAUAGAGAGCCGGGAACGGACAGCUUUACGUUCUCCAAUUCCGAGGAGGAGAGACGGCUUGCGAAGCAAGAAGCGCAGAAGGAAUUUGACGCCAGGGUCGAGAAGGAGCGGAGCGGGGAACUAGGCGAUGAAUAUGUCGAAGGUGAUUCUAGGAACCGGCGGGGGGGAAAGUAGAACAGCCCUACCAUGGGCCGGGCGGAUGUAAAUAAACCACAUUGUUAAUAGGUUGGCUGCUUUAUUGAUUGCUGAGAUGGCGUGGCUGGUUGAUUCGAGGUAUUUUGCUACCGGUUUGAAUUGGAGCUGUUUGGUUUUUCUUUU